GUCCUUCUGGUCAUGUGACAGGGGUGAGUCGCUUUGGCACUUCCCAUUCCAAGAUGGCGUCGCUGCUGCAAUCGGAACGGGUUCUGUACCUGGUCCAAGGAGAGAAAAAGGUUCGAGCUCCGCUCUCGCAGCUGUAUUUCUGCCGCUAUUGCAGCGAGUUGAGGUCGCUGGAAUGUGUCUCACACGAGGUGGACUCACAUUAUUGUCCCAGUUGCCUGGAGAAUAUGCCAUCAGCAGAAGCCAAGCUUAAAAAAAACAGAUGUGCUAACUGUUUUGACUGUCCUGGCUGUAUGCAUACUCUUUCUACUCGAGCUACAAGUAUUCCCACACAGCUUCCUGAUGACCCAGCCAAGACCACCAUGAAGAAAGCCUAUUACUUGGCUUGUGGGUUUUGUCGUUGGACCUCUAGAGAUGUGGGCAUGGCAGACAAGUCUGUUGCCAGUGGUGGAUGGCAAGAACCUGAAAAUCCUCACACACAAAGGAUGAACAAACUGGUUGAAUAUUACCAGCAACUGGCUCAGAAGGAGAAAGUAGAACGAGAUCGUAAAAAGCUGGCCCGGCGUCGAAACUACAUGCCACUGGCAUUUUCACAACACACUAUUCAUGUAGUGGACAAAUAUGGUCUUGGAACCAGACUUCAGAGACCACGAGCUGGAGCUCCUAUCAGUACCCUUGCAGGACUUUCCCUUAAGGAAGGAGAAGAUCAAAAAGAAAUCAAGAUUGAGCCAGCACAAGCUGUGGAAGAAGUGGAGCCUCUUCCUGAGGAUUACUAUACAAGACCAGUAAAUCUAACAGAAGUGACUACCCUGCAUCAGCGGCUCUUACAGCCUGACUUCCAACCAAUCUGUGCUUCCCAGCUCUAUCCUCGACACAAACAUCUGCUGAUCAAACGAUCCCUGCGCUGUCGAAAAUGUGAACAUAAUUUGAGUAAACCAGAGUUCAAUCCAACAUCCAUCAAAUUCAAAAUCCAGCUUGUUGCUGUCAAUUAUAUCCCAGAAGUCAGAAUCAUGUCAAUCCCUAACCUACGUUAUAUGAAGGAGAGCCAGGUCCUACUGACUCUUACAAACCCAGUGGAGAAUCUCACUCAUGUGACACUGUUGGAAUGUGAAGAGGGAGACCCUGAUAACAUCAAUAGCACUGCUAAGGUGGUUGUUCCCCCCAAAGAACUUGUCCUAGCUGGCAAGGAUGCAGCAGCAGAAUAUGAUGAAUUAGCAGAGCCUCAGGAUUUUCAGGAUGACCCUGACAUCAUAGCCUUCAGAAAAGCCAACAAAGUGGGCAUUUUCAUCAAAGUCACCCCACAGCGUGAGGAAGGUGAAGUAACCGUGUGUUUUAAGAUGAAGCAUGAGUUUAAAAACCUGGCAGCUCCAGUUCGCCCUAUUGAGGAGGGUGAUCAGGGCUCUGAAGUCAUCUGGCUCACCCAGCAUGUAGAGCUCAGUCUUGGCCCACUGCUUCCAUGAUGGACCCUAAUGACGAGCAAGCCUCAAAAGACAGCAUGGAGAUUCUAAUCCCAGAAUGGAAUGUCUGGAAAUACUGAAACUACAACUUCGUUAGGCCUCACUUAUGCUAUACUCAUACACUACUGAUUUCUGUCAGGGGAGUUGGAAAUGUGGGCAAGGAACAAGAAACGCUGAAUAACUGCAAUUCUUUCUUUCGCUGCUAUAAUACUCACAAUGUAAAUCUUUGAUUCCUUCACAGCCUUUUUGCACUUUGAACUGCAGCACUGUUUGAACACAGAGAAAGGUGACCUUAUUUUAAGCCCAUUACUGCCUCUUGCUAACGUGGUUUUAACUUCACAGUUCCCAAAUUGCUGCUUGUUUUUUCUACGAAGCAGUCUUAUGAAUACAGAUCAGAAUCUUACAGAAGAAUCUUCAAGCAGUAACUACAAAUGAGCCUGCUGUUAUUUGGCCAAUAUUUAGAAAUAGAAGACUGUUAAAUGUAUGGGCUAGUCAUUCCACCAGAAAUUUUUUCAGCAGUCUAAGUAAAUCUAUUUCCCUUAGCAUCUUCCAUCACAUACUAAAGAACUGACUUGUCUAUUGUAGCUUGCUUAGUGAUUGAACAAUUUCUGAUCCUUAAGCAGCUGUUGCUUGUCUUUUUGUUAGGAACAUGUUCACAAUAUGAAAUGAAACACCUGACAUUUUCAAGAUUGCUGUUAUUAAUUAUCCUGUUAUUAAAUGAUAGAAUGUGUUCUUUUAAAUAAUUAUUUUAAAAGCAGAUAAUUACAAUGCCAAGAGUGAUACAUUUCAUUGUGUUGCAAAAAUUUUACUGAGAAGUAACUUUUUUCCUUCCUUCCUUCAGUUUUUGUCUCUUUAAUUUAGUAUUUGGGAACCUCAAAUGCUUCUAGCAUUUGGAAAGUUUCCAGAGUACAAAGUUUAAGUAGAUAAGAUCAGUAUGCUUAAAACUUAAGGUUAGAUUAUUAGGCAUGUCUUAAAUUUAUGUUCUUUCCAGAAAUUUAAGGGGAAAAUUAGUAAUUAUAUUCCCUUAGAUUCAAGAAUGAACAUAAAAGAAAAAUAUUGCCAUCUACUUCCUUCCUAGGUUCUUGGCAUUUAGCUACAUCUAGAAUUUGUCAGGUAGUUAUUUUGAUUUUGGCAAAUAAAGUGUCUGAAAUAGUCCCACAGAAACUCUAGCAGUUCACUUUAUCAGUUUCUACUCAGUAAGCUAUAUCUCCAUUUUAAGAACUAAAUUGCUAUGUUGGGUUGCUGUAACUGAAAAUGAGACCUUUUGUAAAACAUGCCACUAAACCCAACCUCCACCCCUAUGGUGUUUCUGAAUUCUGACAGGGCUUAUGUUUUUCUCAAAAGAUUGUUGUCUGUUUCAGAAUGAACUUUUAAAGAUCAGAUUUGAAGCCACCUCCUAAGUUGAUAAUUGGGUGCUGGAAGGCAUAUUAACGUUGUGUUGCUCCAUGAAAUGAAUAAAAACUUAGCAUUAGAAAAAAGUUAAGUUGCGCUAUCCAGAGUAUAGCUGUUGUGUUUGACUAUUUUCCCAUAAAGCCACAAAUAUGCCACAGUGAAAAGGAAAAUAUUCUUACCUCUAUGUUAUUAAAUAAAAUAAACACAGUUUAGUAGAUUGAAAAAGGAAAGUGUGAGUAACUACUUGACAGACAGCAGGAAGAUCUUGUGUUUGUGUCUAAAAACUAUCUCUCUUCAUUCUUCUGUCAGAAAGGCUGCUGUCAGAAAUGUAUUGCACCAUAAUUGCUGGUGAAGGAAAUGGGUAUCAAGAAAAAUAAUACCUUAAUGUGUUUGUAAAUUUGCCUAGAUUACACACAAUUGUAUAAGCAUGAGUUUAUAAAAUGUAGCUGGCAUUUAUUCUUAAAUGUUAUGUUGAGAUAAUGGCAACUGCUACUAUCAGCCCCCAUAUAUAACAGAAUACUUAAAGGCUUUGGUCAUAAAGAUUUUCUUCAGAAUCCAGAUAAACUCACAAAAUAACAAUGCUAACUGGCAUAAUGUUUUCUUGAAAUUGUUGUUGGUGAAGACUGGUAUAAGUGUGUAUGUGAAAGUGUUUCAACACUUACUACACCUAGUGAAUUUGGGGUUCUAUCCUAGAUUACAUGAAAGAUUCUUUAAUACUUAUUCACUGUCACUGCAGGAAAAUUGAAUAUUACUGGAUAUUAGCUGUUGUUUUGGAAACCAAAAGCUAUUAACUCAGAAUGGUGGUUCAUUUAGCCCACCAAGGUUUUGUUUUCCUUUAAAUGCUUUUAGGAGUAACUCCAGCAAAACCCUGUGCAUAUUUUUGUGGAAGCAUCUCAUUUAUUCUCUGUAGGGGAAUAAGAAGCAUUCUGUCUUGAUCUUUGUUAAUGACAGGUUACUGUGUUGCCUUAUUGCUUACCUUAAUGUAGUUAAAGAAAUAAAGUAGACAAAAAAAGCUUUUAAUGUAAUGUCUCUUCUUUUCCUUAACUUCUUUCCCUUUCACCUUUCAUAUCCAGUCAAGUUACAUAAGUCUUGUCUUAUCCAUACAACUUACUCAUACAACAUCUAUGUUCUCUUCACUCACAUAACUCUACUGCAAACCCUUAUCACAUCUUGACUGGACUGUUGAAAUAGCCACCUAAUUGGUUUCUCUAUUUCCUUAUUCUUUCCUCUCCAAUUCAUCUUACACAGGGUUAUCAAGUCCUCCAUAAAGCAUGGGUUUCAUCAUGUCACUUUUCAGCUCAAGAAUUACUAACAGCUUCUUACUGUCCUGCUUACUUUGAAGUAUUUAUAGCUCCCACCUACCUUUCCAGUCUUAUUUCACACUCUUACCUUUCACAAAGUAUGUUCUUACAAAAUUGACCAACCUGGUCUUCCUCAGACUCCAUUUCUAUUUGUGUAUUUUUACAUAAGCAAAUAUUUCCCAAGUCUGGAAUAUACUCCCUCCUCACCUUCUCUUGGAAUCCUUAGCUUUAUUAAGGUGCCACUUCCUAUUCAAGAUAUUUCCUUGCUUAUCAGUUCUCUCUCCCUUUUCAUAUUAUCUUGCAUUUACUUUUGUACAUACUAUUUCUUUCAGGAGAAUGUAAGCCCCUUAUGGGCAGGAAUUGUUUUUUCCUUUUUUCUUUGUAUCCUUAUUGCCUUGCACACAGUAAGCAUUUAAUAAAUGUUAGUUUCUUGUA